AUGGCCGAGCGCACCACUCCCCUGAAGCCGCUGCCCUUCUACGCACAGUUCACCGCCGGUGCCAUUGCCGGCGUGACGGAGCUGCUGUGUCUCUAUCCUCUCGAUGUAGUCAAGACGCGCAUGCAGCUGCAGACGUCUGCCGCCGUCGGCGCAGAUCGCUACAAUGGCAUGGUCGACUGCUUCCGCAAGAUCAUCGCCACCGAGGGCGCAGGCAGACUCUACCGCGGCCUCGUGCCGCCGCUCAUGCUCGAGGCGCCCAAGCGCGCCGUCAAGUUUGCCGCAAACGACGCGUGGGCAAAGACGUACCGCGGCAUUACGGGGCAGGAGAAGAUGACGCAGGGCCUCUCGGUGCUCACGGGCAUGAGUGCCGGCGCCACCGAGUCCGUCGUCGUCGUGCCGUUUGAACUCGUCAAGAUUCGGCUGCAAGACAAGGCGCAAAGCCACCUGUACAAGGGCCCCAUGGAUGUCGUGUCCAAGAUCGUCAAGGCCGACGGCCUGCUGGGCCUCUACGCCGGCCUCGAGAGCACCUUUUGGCGCCACGUGCUGUGGAACGGCGGCUACUUUGGCUGCAUCUUCCAGGUCAGGGCACUCAUGCCCAAGGCGGAGAACAAGGGCCAGGAGCUGCGCAACAACUUCAUCUCGGGUGCGAUUGGCGGCUUUGUGGGCACGGCGCUCAACACGCCCGCCGAUGUCGUCAAGAGCCGCAUUCAAAACACACCCAACGUGCCCGGCGUGGUGCGCAAGUACAACUGGACUUUCCCGUCGCUCCUCACGAUUGCCAAGGAGGAAGGCUUUGGCGCGCUCUACAAGGGCUUCACGCCAAAGGUGCUGCGUCUGGCGCCCGGCGGCGGCGUGCUGCUCCUCGUCGUCGAGGUGGUGCUGGAGCAAUUCCGCAACACCAUGGGCCCGCCUUACAUCUAAAACACACCAACACGCGCGCGCAGCGCAGGUCUGGCAACAAAAUGCAAGGGACGCCAGCCAAGGAAGCCCGCUCCGUCCGAGUGUGCCUCCCCGCGAGGCUGCUGAGACAUAUCCUCGCGCACGGCGACACUGCGUGAUGUGCCCCCUCUCUCCCUCUCUCUCUCAAUCUUGCUUCACGCUCGACAAGCUGUUGUACUCUCUCUCUCUCCCUCUCUCUCUCUCUCUCUCUCUCUCUUUCUCUCCUCUGCUCGCUGCUCUCCUGAUGCCUCUCUCUCGCGAUAGACUCUUGCGCCUCCUCUUCGUCUGCGGCUGCGCAAUCACAAAACAGGUGUCAUGCCACG